AUGGAUAAUUCUGUCGAGUCUGACGGUCCGGCUCUGAAGCGCCUCCGGGCAGCUAGAGCAUGCGAGAUGUGCCGGCUAAAGAAAAACAAAUGCGACGAGCUGAGGCCGUGCACCCAUUGCAGGAAUCGGAAGACUGACUGCGUCUACCGUGGCGGUGCCAAUAGCGUGAGGACCAACCGUACCACCCCUGAGUAUGUCCACCAGCUUGAAGAACAGAUCAAGGCCUUGUCAUCGGCCCUGAUCGCUUCCAACACCAGCAGGGGUGCGGAUCUGAGCAACGAGCAACAGAACAUAACUGGUGAGGCGGGUGUGACUGAUUGCACGCAAUCUCGACCGCGUUCGGGUGAUAGCCCUUUUACCCGGUGCAGGGCCGCUUACGAGGUAGGAGUCGUGAACCGUCACACUCACAGCUCCGAGUUCUACGGCAGUUCGAGCUCAAUUGCCCUUCUCGCACAUAUACGGAGAGCCAGUGCCGUGGAAGGCAGGGAGCAGCCUGAUGACGAGGAAGGAUUGGUCUCUAGCCUACACAACCCGGCCUUUUCUUCUUCCUCCCCCGAGGCGCUUCCAUCAUCAGCAGUGGAGCAGUAUCCAACUGAGCGAUUGGCGUCUGUAUCACAUUGCCGUGUUUUUGUGGAUAGUUUCUUCGCGACGAUACAUUACGUCUAUCCGAUAUUGGCCAAACCCGCGUUCUUGGAGAAGUGCGAAGGUGUGCCAAAACGCACUGAAUCUCCACUCGAGUUGGCAUUUUCUAUGGGCCGACCAGACACUUUGGGUGCUGAUGUUUACCACAAUCGUCGGUACCCCAUAACCACGGGAGAUCCUUUUAAUGACGGCAGAGCAUCGGAGCUUCUUGAGCCACCACAAUGUGCCAUAAUCAAACACAUGGUGGACAUCUCAAGGCUCAUCAGAACCAUCUGCGUCAAUAUCUACAUGUUGAACUUGACACUGGAGAAAACGACUGCGGUGGCCGCGCAGAUUGAGCAAAAUAUCGAGCGCUGGGUCGAGACUCUGCCGCCUGAGCUCCGCCCUCUGAUUGAGGUCGGCCAGAGAAGGCCCCUAAAAGCUGCGAUGGUUCCUCAGUAUGUCAAGAGGCAAAGACUGGCUACAACGACCCGGUAUCAUAAUUUGCGAAUUCUCCUUUUUGGACGCCUUUUGAUGAAGUCUUCCAUGGCUGAGCGCGCGUCAAAUGCGCAAUUACAGGAGCAAAUCGGCAAGUGCCUCGACUCGGCCAGGCUCACGAUUGAAAUUGUCUAUGAGAUUUUCCAGCAUCAGGACUUCUUCCGAACCUGGUUUUACAACACAACUUACACCAUUUUCGCGGCUUCUAUAAUACUGGUGUAUAUAUUCCAGGCGCCUCCAGAGAGCGAGUACGACGCGCUUUUCGGGCAGGUUGAGACGGCGAUCGAGAUCCUUGAAACAAUGGAAGAGUCCGUCGUCGCAGCGAAAGCGGCAAAGCUCAUUCAAACUGCCCUGAUCAGUGCUCGUGAGAGGACAACAACCUUCGAUCCUGGCAAUGCGCAGACGACCCUCGCCGACUGGAAUUUUCUGCCGAUGAACGGGCUUUGGGGACCAUUUAAUAUGGCUUGUGAUGAUCCGAGCGCUGGCGUGCGUCUCCAGUUCAGUGACUUUGGAGCGGAUUGUAGUCUUUCUGACGAUAUUAUCGAGGCUAUUCCCCCCUGA